AUGGGAUCGGAUCGAGAACUGGUGACUCUGCAGUUUGGCAGUCUCGCCAACCAUGUCGGGACCCAGUACUGGAACAUGCAGGGCGCGCAGCAGUCCUUCACGUCCCUCGCGGAGUGGCACCCCCACCCCAGAUCCACGCAGCUCAUCCCCGGGGUGUGGCAGGGCGUGACCCCCUUCUCGGCCUUCUCCGCCGGCACCUCGGACGCCCUGCCCGCCGGCUUCCGGGAGGGCCUGGUGGACGUGGUGCGGAGCUUUGUGGAGGACUGCGACUGCCCGCAGGGCCUGCAGGCCCUCGUGGACGACCAGUCUGGGUUUGGAGGCCUGGCGGCAGCCACGCUCGCGGAGCUGAAAGAGGACCUGGCCCUCCCCGUCGCCAUCUUCUGCGUGCGUGACGCCGGGGCAGCAGGCGCAGCAGGCAACUUCCACGCCCCCCUGAACGCUGCGCUGUCCUACGCCCAGCUGGCCGGCAUCGCGGAGGUUUAUGCCACGCCCACCGCGCCUGCAAGGCUCACGUCGACCGACCAGUCCGUGGGUCCUGCAAGUUUCCCCUUCCCGGGGACGAAUUGUCUGGCCGCCGCGCUGUUCAACUGCUCGCUGCCGUAUGUGCUGGGCGGCAUCUCCGCCCAGCCGCCGCCCGCCAGCAUGAGUGGCACGCUGGGCACGCUGCGCCAGGUGGCCUCGCUGCUCACGUCGGCGAACAACUCGCCGCUGACGGGGCUGGCCGUGCGCGCGGCGGUGGGGGCCGAUCCCUGCCUAGACAUGCUGGCGCUGGCGCCGGCCGCGCUGUCGCUGCGGGGGCGCAACGCCGAGCUGGCGACGUGGUCGGGCGCGCCCGGGUCGAUCGCCGACGCCCGGGCGCGGCUGGCGGCGGCGCUGGCGCAGGACGCGUCGGUCGACGGCGCCGAGCCCGGCCCCUCCGCAUGCACGGCAAUCGCGCGCGGCCUGCGGGAGGCAGACGGUAUGGCCCCGCCGCGGGCGGCCCAGGCGUCCACGCUGACGCUCUGGUGGGCCGGUCCGGCCUUCGCUGACGAGGCGCGGGCGGCGCAGGGCACGGUGCGGCGCGCCCUGCGCACGCCCCUGGCCUCGGACGCCGUGGCCGACGACGCGGAGGGCAUCUUGGGGCGGCUGGAGGAGCUGCGCCUGGCCUUCAGCUCCGCCGAGGACUGA